GAGACGGUCUCGCUCUGUUGCCCAGGUUGGUCUCGAGCUCCCGGCCUCGAGCGAUCCUCCGUCUUGGCUUCUCAAAAUGUUGGGAUGACAGGCGUGAGCCACGGCGUCCUGCCCAAUGUAUGGAACAUCUGGGGAUGGCUGUUUUAGUUUGUAAUUGGUGCUUAGGGGACACACGAAUUCCCUCUUUGUGGUCACUUGGCAGCCGUGGCCAAGGUGUUACCUUAAACAUCUGCUUGGGAACUACUGCACUUCACCCUGAAGAAGGAUAAGGUGUGCUGGAAAAAGCACUGUAGUGUACCAAGUCCUGUUUUUGCCACAAAUCUGCCUUAUAACCAACUAGACUCACUCUCUGGCCUAGUUCUUUAAUUAGCAGGGGAGAUGAACUAGUUAACUUUGGAGACUUUGGUAAUACUGGAUGGACUUUUGAGAUCCAAAUAAGUAAUUGGAGUGUUUUGCAUGUUAAAAUCACCUUGUAAUUUUUGACCUCAUAGAAAGCUGAGGUGUAAAUACAAAUUACCUUUAAUCCCACUACUCAGGAGUUAGGUUUUGAUCUUUCCCUGUGUGUACUGAGAUCAUCCUGUGUUUAUAUUUCACUUAAUUUGCACCUUCCCAUAUUACUUUCCCCAAGAUUCCCAAUGACUAUUGAAUAUUCUAAUACCUUUAAAAACAUUUACUAUUCCACUGUUGGUGGACAGUUUGCAGUUUCUACUUAUUUGCGACAGGGCGGACCUGUAUGAUUCCUUUACUCCUGGGGCUGUUGUAUCAUGGCUGAUAAUGACACAGACAGAAACCAGACUGAAAAACUCCUAAAAAGAGUACAAGAACUGGAGCAAGAGGUGCAAAGACUUAGAAAGGAACAGACCAAAAAUAAAGAAGACUCAAACAUUAGAGAAAAUUCAUCAGGAGCUGGAAAAACUAAGCGUGCAUUUGAUUUCAGUGCUCAUGGCCGAAGACAUGUAGCCCUAAGAAUAGCCUAUAUGGGCUGGGGAUACCAGGGCUUUGCUAGUCAGGAAAACACAAAUAAUACUAUUGAAGAGAAACUGUUUGAGGCUCUAACUAAGACUCGACUAGUAGAAAGCAGACAGACAUCCAAUUAUCACCGAUGUGGGAGAACAGACAAAGGAGUUAGUGCCUUUGGACAGGUGAUUUCACUUGACCUUCGCUCUCAAUUUCCAAGGGGCAGGGAUUCUGAGGACUUUAAUGUAAAAGAGGAAGCAAAUGCUACUGCUGAAGAGAUCCGUUAUACCCACAUUCUCAAUCGGGUACUCCCUCCAGACAUCCGUAUAUUGGCCUGGGCCCCUGUAGAACCAAGCUUCAGUGCUAGGUUCAGCUGUCUUGAGCGGACUUACCGCUAUUUUUUCCCUCGUGCUGAUUUAGAUAUUGUAGCCAUGGAUUAUGCAGCUCAGAAGUAUGUUGGCACCCAUGAUUUCAGGAACUUGUGUAAAAUGGAUGUAGCCAAUGGUGUGAUUAAUUUUCAGAGGACUAUUCUGUCUGCUCAAGUACAGCUAGUGGGCCAGAGCCCAGGUGAGGGGAGAUGGCAAGAACCUUUCCAGUUAUGUCAGUUUGAAGUGACUGGCCAGGCAUUCCUUUAUCAUCAAGUCCGAUGUAUGAUGGCUAUCCUCUUUCUGAUUGGCCAAGGAAUGGAGAAGCCAGAGAUUAUUGAUGAGCUGCUGAAUAUAGAGAAAAAUCCCCAGAAGCCUCAGUAUAGUAUGGCUGUAGAAUUUCCUCUAGUCUUAUAUGACUGUAAGUUUGAAAAUGUCAAGUGGAUCUAUGACCAGGAGGCUCAGGAGUUCAAUAUUACCCACCUACAACAACUGUGGGCUAAUCAUGCUGUCAAAACUCACAUGUUGUAUAGUAUGCUACAAGGACUGGACUCUGUUGCAGUACCAUGUGGAAUUGGACCAAAGAUGGAUAGAAUGACAGAAUGGGGAAAUGUUAAGCCCUCUGUCAUAAAGCAGACCAGUGCCUUUGUAGAAGGAGUGAAGAUGCGCACAUAUAAGCCCCUCAUGGACCGUCCUAAAUGCCAAGGAUUGGAAUCCCGGAUUCAGCAUUUUGUACGUAGGGGACGAAUUGAGCACCCACAUUUAUUCCAUGAGGAAGAAACAAAAGCCAAAAGGGACUGUAAUGACAUAAUAGAGGAAGAGAAUACUAAUUUGGAGACACCAACAAAGAAGGUCUGUGUUGACACAGAAAUUAAAAGCAUCAUUUAACCAUAGACAAUUUGCCAGGAUCUAGGAACCACCUAAUGGUAGGUGGACAGAAAGGAAAAAAAAAAUGUACUUGCAAGUACUAGGAAUUCAGAUGAUCGGCUCUCAAAAAAAAAAAAAAAA